AACUGGAGGGGGAGGAGAACAGUGGAGAGGCAGAAGGAGGGAUUUCUCCUCAUGGUAAAGUGCAUUUUUUUUUAAAUACCCAGACAAACCUCCACACUGAAACCUGAAACUUGGGGAGGGGGCGUGCUUCACCGAGCAUUCGCCGCUCUUUGCUGUGCUAAGUUCACUUUUUUCCAGUCUCAUCCUCCUCAUUCUGAGGGCAUUUCAGCAGACAGCUCUUCUUCUGCAGUGGAUGAUCCCGAGGGGAAAUGCCGCUCCUGAUGGCCCUUCAUCACAUUGGUCUGUGCGUGGUGCUUUGCAUCAGGCUGUCCACACCUCUGCCUUACUCCGAUACUCUGGAGGGAAGUAUAGAUGAGGAAGACUACAACAACUUCAAUUUCUAUCUGCCUAUUACCAAUGUCUCCACGGAGUACCAGACCGCACCUGCCAACACAGCCCACGAGGAAACUGACUUUCUGAAUCAGCUUGUGAACUUUCUUAAUGAGAACAUGCUCCUCAUCCUCGUUGCAGCCAGUCUCAUCCUUCUCAUCUUCCUUAUCAUCUGUGGGGCAGUUUUCAUGAGCCACAGACGCAAAGUCAAUGCUUACUAUCCUUCCUCCUUCCCCCAAAAAAUGUAUGUGGAUGACAGGGACAAAAGUGGAGGUGCCAAACCCUUUAACGAAGUUCAAGAAAAAGCUUCCCCGGGGCAGGAAAGUGAGCCAGUGGACUCUCACAAGCAGCUCCAGGCUGACAUUAUGAGGGCUGCCAAGAGCCUGCGCACUCCAAAUAAAUCUGUUGAUGCUGCAGAGAGAAGCGAUCCCAGUCAGCAAGUAGCAGACCACAGUCCCGAGGACAGCUCAAAAGCAGAUGGCAGCAUCCUAGACCAUCAGCUCCCAAGUCUCCCAGAGGAAAAGGAGCCGAGCGAGCUUUCCGACAGUGAGGCCACCACCACAGAGGGCAGCUCAGAGCAGAGUCCUCCUGAGCUGCCUCGGUCAGAGGAAGUUGAUUCACAAGAGCCUUCGACAGGCAGGAGUCUGCGGCCCUCCUCUCUGCACAUUCACAAUGACUCUGCUACACUUCAGCUCAUCGCAGGAGAGAAAACUGCCUUCUAAGAAAUCAGAUUUGUGCAGAAAACCUUCAAAGAUUUCUGCAGGAUUUCAUUUGAAAAAAUGCAGAGAAGUUACUAAAGAUACAGCAGGCAGAGUUGCAGAUGAUACAUGAUACACUCUCUUAAUGCACCUUUGUACAAGCUUCACAGUACACAAAUAGUGUUAGUUUUUUUUGUGUUCCUGUUUUUGAAUUUAAACAUCUCUACAUAUGGGCCACUGGUGUUAACAGUAGGCAGUGUGGUCCCAAUUACUCUGCGCUUUUAUACAAAAAAAACAAAAACAAAAACAAAAAUGGAAACUGGGACUCGGUUCCAUUUUUGAACUUUUAAUAUGGACCUGUUAUGUUUUUCCUCGUUUUCUGUCAUAUAUAUACUGCUACAGUAGGGUGGACUUUUAUAUUAAACAUGUCCCAAGUUUCAAAUAAAAAGUUCAGCGUAUAUACAAGUAAUGGCUGUGAAACAAAGGAUCAGCACUCUGUGACAUCACCAAGGUAGAUAUUCCUGAUAAUAGCUUGUUUCAGGAAGUAGAUGCAUUGAGGCAAUGCUCUCAAAAAAAAACACAACCCAGUAUGUUGAUUUUUGACCUGCAAGUCAUGCAAAGCUACUCCAGCAGACUCCAAGAGUAAAAUUGUGGAGUUAUUUAAUUUUUCUCUUUUUAGGGUGCACGCUUAGGAUUCCAUACAGCCUCCAAUUUAAUCAAAACGGCAAGCAGACGGCAUGCAGGCGGCAUGCAGGCUCUUAGUGUAACAGCCCAAAAAAAGGUAGAACGUGCAGAUGAUGUUGAACGUUGCUGUGUUCUGCAAGAGCGCUUUUCAAAAUUGUGUGCACGUAAGUAGGAGAAACAGAAAGUGGGUGUGAGGGAGAGAGAAGCUGAGACACUGAGAUAAGGCGAAGCAGUGUCAGGAUUUGUCAAGUAUAUAAAACCACAAUCUGGUGUAUUUUGGCUGCAGCGGAUCUCAGCUGCAGAGCUUUUUCAGGUGUGUUAUUGCAGCAGGAAGUGCACGGGUGUAUUUGCAGGCUGUGUGUAUAUAUGCAGCUUACUCAAAUGGAUCACAAGGACGACUUAUUUAAAGUGAAUUAAGACUUAUCUCAUUAGUUACGCCUGUAUUUUUCUGUAGAUGGAAGGUCAAAUAAUGUUUAAAUAAUAAACAGGAUUCCAAAAGUACGAUUAGGGAUAAUUUUAUUACAGACUUUUAAAGAAGCAUAAGUUACAUUUAAAACUACUGGACCCCCUUUUUUUGGUUCAAGCCACUUUGCUUAAUCUCAACAGGUCAGUGCGUUUAGAGUGCAGACGGUAUAAACAGCUUUUAGCUUUCAUCCAUACCUCCAUCACACCUUUCAAAAUAAAAAACACUCCACCUGCACAAAGCAAUUUCCAAAAUAAGGCUCAUCUCUGUACCAACAACCCAAAACAGUGCUUAUAUUGUGCGUUUACGUGACAGGCUAAAAGAUACAGUAUAUAUGGUUAGAGGAUCGCAGACUAAUACAAACAGCCUGGUGUAACACUGCUACACAGGGUUGAAAGAUGGUGGAUUCGUCAUCAUUGCUGCAGGAAAGUGAGGUGUUGACGCUGGACUAUUUCUCUUCUUGGCAGCAGCGAGCCAAACCGGGCCCAGCACAAA